CUGUUGGUGAGUGAAACCUGCAUUAUUGUUAUCGGAGUUCCAGGCUCCUUCGCCAUAGCGUAAUUAUUAAUAAUAAUAUGGUUUUUAUUGAAUUGUCCAUGUUAUUAGGUUGCGACGUCGCGAUUAAAUAUUAUGUACUAUAUCGAUAUUUGUUUACAUUAUACGCGUGUAUAUAUUAUAAUAUAAUCAUGAUAUUUAGCCAUUUCGCUGUGCGUUUUGGUCAUAUUUUUAUCGACAGAGACCUGUGCCCUCGGUGCUGCAGCAGUCCACUCCGAAUUAGGCGAUUAUCGUGUGUGUGUGUGUAGUUCGUCGAAGUCAGCGUUUCCGCGUAUCUUGCGCGACGCCGUCCAUAUCACCUGGAUUACGCAACAUAUUACUAUAUUAGUGCGUUACGUAAUCCAGCCCUUCGCCGUCGUCCAGCACCGCCGUCAAUAGUCACCCCCGUUCUUCUGCGUGCAUUCGACGUCGUCGUAACAGCCAUUGCAACCAUCGCCGCCGCUGCCGAUACACUGCCCCGUCGCGCCGCAUGUGCCGAUAGAUCGCGUAAACCUGAACGCGGAGCAGAGAAGUGUUGCGAGUGACGUCGUCAGCUGUGUUGGAAAAAGGCAGUACGUGCGCGCGUCUUUCACAUUGGUGGCAGUACUAUUCGUGACAGCUUGGCAACUGAACCGGAUGCGUUUGCGUUUCAUUCUCCGUCAGUAUACAAAGGUAUACAGUUAAGCGGCGUGACUUCGAUCAAGGUAUCCACAUAUCCCAUCGUCAAUUCAUAUACUACCUAUAUUUAUCCUAUAUUUACUGCUCGUCUUUCACGCCAUGGACUCCAGCGUAGCGAUGAAUUCAGUUAGUACUAACUCAUACCGCGUAGCCGCGGCCAAAGCAUCGGUCUCGCUCCUCCUGUGCUUAUGCUCGUUCGCAACCGGUCUGUCGCCACUUAGGUUCGCUCACGGCUGGCGUGCGUCCAGGGCAAGCAUUUCGCGGAAACCGACGGUCGCGUCGGUGCUUUUGUGCUUCUGCGGCGGAGUGCUGCUGUUCACUGCCCUGGUCCGCAUGCAGUCCGACGUCCGGCGGACGGUGCGCGUGCUCCAGGCAGACGGCCGGCUGCCCGACAUCGACCACCUCGGAGAUCUGAUAUUUUUCGCCGGGUUCUUCGCUGUGUUCGUCAUCGACGAGUCGGUGAAAUUGACACGCGGCCACGGACGAACAACGGGUACUGUCGCAGCCCCCGGCGCCCGGACAUUGCCGACAUCAUUCCGCGUCCUGUUCGCCGUUGUGGCGCUAUCGUCCGAGGAGGCGUUCGUAGGCCUGUCGUUCGGCUUGGAAACCGCGGGGCCCGACGAUGUUGUGUGGUACGCGUACGCCACCGCGUCCGCGACCAAACUGAUAAUCGCUUUCUGCCUGGGCAUGGAACUGGCCUGGUCAGGAGCCCAGAACUUUGCAAUAGUUGUGUGUUCCGCUGUCUUCGCUACUGUCACGCCCGUCGGAGUCGCGAUCGGAAUGGCUCUAUCCCAGUGCUGCAACAACGUCGCACCCUAUAAGCCGCCAUCGCCCGGCAUCUUUCAUGUCGUCUCACAGGGAAUGGGCGCCGGAUCGCUGGCGUUCGUGGUGUUCUUAGAAGUGUUUCCCAGGCAUAGAGACGCCGGGUUCACGCACCUGUUGUCCGCCAUCGUCGGGUUCUACGUCAUGCUAUUGCUGCAGUUUGCCACUCACCAUCAACAAUACGCCUAGGUUGUGAAGAAUUUGGAUGAUGGUGUGCAGAUGAAUCUCAUGAACUCUUUUUUUAAAUAAAUUCCGUGAUUCUAUGUAUUAUGAUUCUACCCACUAUUUAUUGAUGCAAUCACCUAAUAAUACUAUUUUAUAAUGUUUUUUUGCAUAUUUCAUAAAGAUUAUUUUGUUACGAUUUAAUUAAAUACCAUUGUUGGGUAGAACGGUGAAGUGGACUGUAUUUUAAAAAAGUCGGAUAGUUAAGUGCUUGUAUUAUUUUAUGUAUAGUGCUUGUAUAGUUUUAUAUAUUAUAUACCUGUAUAAUUUUUUGCCUACUAUCUUUUUUACAAACUACAAAUUAUUUUAAAAUGUACCUAUUGUUGAAUUUACAAAGUUUGUAUCGUUUAUUUUCAUGUUAAUAAAAAUAUAUAUU